GGUACAGAAGACGGAAGCCGUACAGACGUUUAUGUUUCCAUUCAUGGUCAAGAUAUCGACAACUGUGGCCCACAGAGUGAACCGUGCCGGUCCAUAGCAAAGGCGGUUAAACAGGUUGUAAAAAACGGGCGAAUUCAUCUUGAUGGUUCUGGCACGAAGGACCAGCCCUUUGACUGCAAGAGUACACUGACGAAUUCAGAUCAAUAUUGGGGAAUUUCUAUUGACAAAAGCGUGUCCAUAGAACGCCUCAAUUCUACCCCGCAUGUUAAGUGUGAAAAAGGAUUUCACUUUCAUAAAGAUAAAGUACAAAAAAUAAAAAUUACCUUGUCUGGGAUUGCAUUUGAGCACGCACCGCUUGUAUUUGAUGACUGCUACAGAAUUCGGCUUAUAAACUGCUCUUACAAGAACGCGGGGAAGGGAGCCGCCGUCAGGAUUCGGACGCAAACUAUUCCCACACUCCACUUACACAUACAGGGACCAUCUCUGUUUCAGAACAACCAACGAUGCAUUGAAGUCUGGAUAAGAAACAAAAGGAAAUUUUUCCUAACACUUCGCGUGAACAACACCAUAUUUCAAGAGAAUGGCCUUCAACCUAAUCAGUCAACUAGAGCUGUGAUUUCCAUACGAACCAACAUUAAAUCCAGUUCAUCAGUGCGAGCUGAUAUUUCAGUAAACAACGUCACAAGCGUCGAAAACAAGGCUCCUUUCAUGCUGCUAGCUGUACCGACAGCUAACACAAAGGAAGUAUACAGCCAUGUAANAGCCCUUUGACUGCAAGAGUACACUGACGAAUUCAGAUCAAUAUUGGGGAAUUUCUAUUGACAAAAGCGUGUCCAUAGAACGCCUCGAUUCUACCCCGCAUGUUAAGUGUGAAAAAGGAUUUCACUUUCAUAAAGAUAAAGUACAAAAAAUAAAAAUUACCUUGUCUGGGAUUGCAUUUGAGCACGCACCGCUUGUAUUUGAUGACUGCUACAGAAUUCAGCUUAUAAACUGCUCUUACAAGAACGCGGGGAAGGGAGCCGCCGUCAGGAUUCGGACGCAAACUAUUCCCACACUCCACUUACACAUACAGGGACCAUCUCUGUUUCAGAACAACCAACAAUGUAUUGAAGUCUGGAUAAGAAACAAAAGGAAAUUUUUCCUAACACUUCGUGUGAACAACACCAUAUUUCAAGAGAAUGGCCUUCAACCUAAUCAGUCAACUAGAGCUGUGAUUUCCAUACGAACCAACAGUAAGUCCAGUUCAUCAGUGCGAACUGAUAUUUCAGUAAACAACGUCACAAGCGUCGAAAACAAGGCUCCUUUCAUGCUGCUAGCUGUACCGACAGCUAACACAAAGGAAGUAUACAGCCAUGUAAAACUAUUAAACAAUAACUUGAGGUCCUCUAACUCAACAAACAGUGCCAGGCGCUAUAUGGAUAGCAUGUACAUAUCCCAAGUAACAAAAACUGAUUCAAGAUUUCAUCACUUUCUCUGCGGUAACAACAGUAAUGAUUUGGCAUUAAGGUGCAUUAAAAUUUCUUCCAGUGAGGCUAAACUGGUGAAAAUCGAGAAUUCUUUAUUUGUCGGGCAAACUGUGACGAAAGGAAAGGGCGGAGCCUUGAGUAUUGAAUGCAAAGGCCGUGCUUCCUUGGUUGUUAAAAACACUACUUUUGAGCGAAACAAGGCAUAUUCCGGUGGCGGUGCGAUUUUUUUCAAUGGUGCAAAAGGAAAUCUAAGGUUUGAACUUACUAAUGUAAAUUUUUCUGAAUGCGAAUCCGAAACCCAGGGCUCUGCGUUUCUAGUGGGGAAAACUCACGGUCUUAUAGCUAAACCGAUAAACUAUGAUCUGAACGCGCAUUUUAGAAACGUCCGCGUCAAAAACUGCGCCGGUUCAAACAGCAGUGUUUGUGUUAUGAGGAGUGGGUUCGUGGAAUUUGAACGUUUUCACUGGGAAAACACUGUUUCAAAGGUCUCUGGAGGUAUAUUCGUAGCAAGUACUGGUACUGUUAAGACAAAUGUUUCAAUUUUGAAGUCUAAUUUCACCGACAGUCAUUACAAUGGAAGUGCGUUCGUGAUAAUCGAAGCACUGAAAAAACACAGAGGAAAGGUCUUGGUAGCCAACACUUCUAUGUACAAUAAUCAAAAUAUAGCGUUGAUAAUCAACCCAAAAUAUGAUUUUUUGCUCAAGAACGUGACCAUCGCCUAUUGCAGACACGGAUUACAAACAUCCAAUAAAUGGUUGUGUCGCAAAGACUUUCCUUUGCAGCCUGUCAAAAUCCUAAUUGAAAACUGCACUUUUAAACGCAAUGUCUACGAUGUGUCUAUAACUGUAAGAGAGGCUCGGUCUGUAUCGUUCACAGUGAACAACACGAAUUUCAUCGGCCAGUCAAACGGUCACGCGAUUCGAUUCUAUAUGCCCGCAAUGGGGAACAAAACCAAAAUAUCGAGAGCCACAGUAAAAAUAGACAAAGUGAUUUUUGAUUCUCGUCCUGCCAGCUAUUUCGCCCUUUACUUCCGUGGCAAGAAGUAUGUAACCAUACGGCGGUCGAUUUUUCGCCAUUGCACGUCUGUUAGCCAAGAGCUGUGGAACUGUGGUGGUAGUAAGUUUGCUUAUGAGACGGCAACAGGUGCUAUUUCGAUUCUCUCCAACCCGGACAAAAGCCACAAACAAGGGUGUGUCCAACGAAACAUAACCAACAACAUUCACCCUUUAUGGAAAUACCACAGUCACGUGACUGUUGAAGAUACGUUAUUUCAAGAGAACGCUGGGCUCAAUGGGGGUGCAGUGUAUCUUAGUAACGGAAACACUACCUUUCGGAAUUGCUCCUUUGAAAACAAUUUGGCAGCGAAGCACACAGGUCAAGUUUAUUCCGCCUAUGGAACUGGUCGAGUAGAAUUCGUCAACUGCUCUUUUGUUAGUAGUACGUACCAUGCAACUAUCUCUGGCAGGAAGUUCAAAAAUGUCGCCUUCUUUUAUUCUGAAAGCGGAGGACCCAUCAAGUUUCGGAACUCGUCUAUGUUUUCGAGUACCUCUACAAGGCGUUCGUUUUCUGUGUUGGCAGUUUACAACGGAGGAUACGUUGAUAUCGACAGCGAAACUAGCAUUCGCUGCGAAGGAAGUCAGAUGUCUCUCGCAAAUGCAACGCAUUUUGUAUACACCGUUGUAUACACCGAAAAAAGAGAUGAACGCUUUUGCAUAGAAAACGUGACGGUCCUUUCGUUUUCCUGUAAGCUUUGCUCUCCCGGAUAUUACAGCCUACAAACUGGUUUCUCAAAAGGUCUUUCUGUAGAUGGUUCAUUCCAAUGUCAUCCAUGUCCUUUGGGAGCUACAUGCAUAGGAAACGAAUCAAGCAUCGCGGCAGUAGAAAACUUCUGGGGAUACAAUGUGCCGGGAAGAGAUGGGCAAGUACUCAACUUUGUUCCCUGCCCCAAGGGUUAUUGCCGCUCACCGAGCCCGCAAUCGUUAGUGUACAACAGUUGCCAUGGAAACAGGAGUGGUUUUCUGUGUGGCCAGUGCGCACCUGGUUACACUGAAACACUAUUUAAUUCUGAGUGCAGAAUAACAGCUCAAUGUAAAGAUUACCUCUUCUGGAUAGCGAUGUUUCUUUACUCGACCGCCUUGGCUCUAUAUCUGCUAAUUGAUCCUCCUUUGCUUCGACUUCUCAGUCCACAACAGAUUUUAUGGUUCAUGAAAAAGAAGGAGAGAAGAGAAAGGAGGAGAGAAAACAGUGAAAACUGCGACGAGUCAGACAGUGGUUAUACAAAAAUCGCCUUCUAUUACUACCAAGUCGCCGAUUUACUGCUAGGCAGUUCUCUUGAUGACUUGCUUCAUGAAAUGCCUCUCGUUGUUGCUAUGAUUUCAGCGUUCAAUUUUCAAGUCCGCUCUGUUUACCUAAGAAUCGAGUGUCCAUUUCCGGGAUUGACCCCAGUCACCAAAGAACUGCUUCUUUCUUUGGUGGUGUUCGCAACAAUGGCGAACCUCGCCCUCAUUUUCUGCGCCCACUUGCUUAUCAGCAGAUUCCAUAAGAAGGUGAGAAAGCCAUCGUUGAGCCGUUAUAUGGCGGUCUCCUUGGAGAUAUUGUUGCUAGGAUACGAUAGACUGGCUGAAACUUCGCUGGGGCUGAUGCACUGUGUAAGAACUGGUUAUGAGCAUCGACUGUUCAUUGAUGGUACCACGAUCUGUUGGCAGCCGUGGCAAUACAUCCUUCUUGGGUACAUCAUCGUGUUUGUGGUGCCCUUUAUCGCAGUCCUGUACUACGGUUCUUCAAAGCUGCACAGUUCUUACAUUUCUUCAGGUGAAUUUCUCGCAGCUUGUGCUAUUCCUUUACCAUUUCUAAUCUAUUGGCUUUUCAAGCGCGUUUUCAAGAGAAGAAAGGAAGAAAAUGAUAGCGAAGAAGCUGCAGCAAGGCUGGACAAUAGCGCUGAAGUAAUGAAGGUCCUACACGAGCCAUUUCGCGCACCUAAUGAUCGAGAUAAAGGCACUCUUUACUGGGAGAGCGUUAUGAUUGGUCGACGGCUCAUCCUUCUUACAUUUCACUCGUUCAUCCCUAACGCUAUGAUCCGAUUUUUCUUCAUGGCUAGCGCUUGCGACUUCAUGGCCAUCCACCACAUAAUCAAGGCCCCAUUUCGGAGCAACACCGCUAACAAAGCCGAAACGACGUCCUUAGUCACCUUGGCAAUCGUCGCUAAAAUCAGCCUGAUAAAGGCAACUCUCCUGUCUUCCGGGAUAAGUGCCAAGGGAAGAAACAAGCUUUUCCUAAAGGGACUUCAGUGGUUCGAAUUUGCUGCAAUGGGACUUGUUCCUGCAUUGUUGUCCUUGCUAGCUGCUUCAGCCAUUUUGUCGCAAACAUUCCGUUUGAUUAUUUAUUUUGUCAAGAAGAUUGGCCGACGCUUUCGAAAGGAUGACAUUACUCAUACAUCUAUCGAUGAACUAACAGAUCCUCUUUUGAGUAAUAACCAAGAUUAUGGUAGUUGUUAA